AGGUGGCACCGCCCACCGUCCGGCACACUCCCUGCACCCUCCUAGCUCUUCCCUCUGCAGGUGGGUUUCCACCUGCGUAGUGGGUAUGGGGCUCCCCUCUGUACUCGAGGGUGUGGGACCCCCUCCGCACUCCAACCCCCAGGCCUGGCUCUGUCGGGGGCUGGUGACCAUGGGGCGGUGCUCCCGGUGCAGGGCAGGGAGCCCGUGAACGCUCAGAGGCGCCAGCCGCCCAGGCCACGAAGCCCAGACUCGCCGGCACACGCCUCCUCAACCCCAGCUCCCAGGACUUCCCCUGGCUUCGCUGCGCACCUCCUCCCUCGGUCAAGGGCCGGACAGGCCUCGCCAGUGCCAAGAUGAGCGUCACCUCCUGGUUCCUGGUGAGCAGCAGUGGCACUCGCCACCGGCUGCCCCGAGAGCUCAUCUUCGUGGGGCGCGACGAGUGUGAGCUCGUGCUGCAGUCCCGCAGUGUGGACAAGCAACAUGCUGUCAUCAACUACGACCACGACAGGGACGAGCACUGGGUCAAGGACCUGGGCAGCCUCAAUGGGACAUUCGUGAACGACGUGCGCAUCCCGGACCAGAAAUACGUCACGCUGAAGCUCAGCGAUGUCAUCCGAUUCGGCUACGAUUCCAACAUGUACGUGCUGGAGCGGGUGCAGCACCGCGUCCCUGAGGAGGCGCUCAGGCACGAGAAGUACACCAGCCAGCUGCAGGUGAGCGCCACGAGCCCGGCGCCCAAGAGGGGCGAGGCCGUGCCGGAGCAGGCGCCUUACUGCGAGGCCGCGAGCCCCAGACUGGAGAGGGGGGACCGGAGGCCGGGGCCAGAGGCGGCGGCCUACCGCACACCCCUGUACGGGCAGCCCUCCUGGUGGGGUGAGGACGAUGGUAGCAGCCCGCCCGAGGAACGGCGCCAGGACGAGCCCGACACGGAGCGGCCCAAGGAGCUGGCUCAGCGGGACAGUGACCUCGUGGGGACGGCGGCCGCCUUCCGGGCCCCCGCGGAGCCGCAGGGCUACCCGUUCCGCCGGGAGCCCAGCUACUUCGAGAUCCCCACCAAGGAGGCCCCCCCGCCGCGGGCCCCAGAGGUGCCGGCACACGAGGCGCCCACCAGGGAUGCAGAGGCGGGCGGGGGCGGGGUGGCCCCCGUGGUGCAGAGCCACGCCUGCUUCACCAUCGAGUUUGACGACUGCAGCCCCGGCAAGGUGAAGAUCAAGGACCACGUCACCAAGUUCUCUCUGCGCCAGCGCCGGCCCCCUGGCAAGGAGCCCACACCCAUCGAGGUGGUCUCUGCGGAGACCAAGGUGGCCGACUGGCUGGUGCAGAACGACCCCAGCCUGCUGCACCGGGCCGGCCCCGCCGACGACCGGCACAGCACCAAGAGCGACCUGCCGGUGCACACGCGCACCCUGAAGGGCCACAAGCACGAGGACGGCACGCAGAGCGACUCGGAGGACCCCAUGGCCAAGGCGGCCGGGGCAGCUGGGGUCCCCUCGGAGGCCGGCGGGGAGCAGGUGCGGCUACAGAGGCAGCUCAAGCGGGACCCCCAGGAGCUGCUGCACAGCCAGCAGGCCUUCGUCAUCGAGUUCUUCGAUGAGGACACGCCGCGCAAGAAGCGCUCUCAGUCCUUCACGCACACGCCACCCGGGGACCCCAGGCCCGACAGGCGCCGCGGCCCUGGGCCAGCCGACAGGGACCGCCCGGCCGCCCCCGCCCCGUCCUCGGCCCGGGGGGCGGGCAGCAGCUCGGGGCCGCAGCGGGCCGGCUCGCUCAAGCGGGAGAAGACGGAGGAGCGGCUGGGCAGCCCCUCGCCCGCCGCCCGGGCCCCUGCUCGCCCUUUCGGCAGCGUGGGGCGCCGCUCCCGCCUGGCCCAGGACUUCAUGGCCCACUGCCUGCGGGAUGGCUCCCCGGCUGCCCGGUCAGGCCCCGAGAAGACCCCCCCGCCGCUGCCCACCCCGCCGCUACCCCGCGGGGCCAGCCCCGUGGCCCCCUCGCCCCCACCGCCACCCCCUGCUGACCCCCAAGUGACGAAGGCACGCAAACAGGAGGAGGACGACAGCCUCAGUGACGCAGGGACCUACACCAUCGAGACGGAGGCGCAGGACCAGGAGGUGGAGGAGGCCCGCAAGAUGAUUGACCAGGUCUUUGGGGUACGGGAGUCCCCUGAACUCUCCAGAGCGUCCUCGGCCACCUUCCGUCCAGUUAUCAGAGGGCACAGAGACGAGCCUGGUGACGGAGUGGCCCAGCGGAUGGCCUUGCUGCAGGAGUUUGCCUCCCGGCCAGUGGGCGGGACCCCCCAGGUGGAGCUCCAGGGCCUCCCAGUACCGGGCUCCCCCGGGGGUCAGAAGUGGGUGUCCCGCUGGGCCAGUCUGGCCGACAGCUACUCGGACCCAGGCCUGUCAGACGACAGCCCCGGGCGCAGAGCCAGAGAGCUGGAGGGGGCCCUGCCUGUGCGCCAGCGACGACUGCUCCCACAGCUGCCCAGCGACAGGGCGGACAGCCCCGCCGGCCCCGAGGCCACCAGGAGGAGCGGGCCGGGGCCGCCGGAGCUGGGCAGCGAGCAGGCCGGCCUCCUCUUGGGACAGGAAGACCUGGAGCCCGACAGCCUCAGUGACGCCAGUGGGUCGGACGGAGGGCGGGGCCCUGAGCCAGGCGGGGGCCUGCAGGAAGAAAGACGCGGGAGCCCCCAGGAGGGACUGGCGUGGACGAGGGGCCGGCGCUCACCGAGGGCCCCUGGGGAGCCGGCCCCCACCUCUUUUUUCGUUGGGGACCAGAACGGGGAGGCGGCCUUCCCCAGGAAAGCGACUGUGGCUCCAGGGCAGGCGGAGGGCCCAGGGCGGGCAGCCCAGCCCAGCCCCCUGACGCGGGACAGCGUGUACGUCAGCACCAGCGGGAGGAUGGUCAUCCAGCUGCGGACAGGGCGGUCCCCGGAGCCUGAGGGCCCCGCCCCGGCCCCCCCCAAGGAGGCCCCGGCUUUCGUCCGGCAGGAGAGCUUCACCAAGGAGCCGGCCAGCGGCCCCGCAGCUCCUGGCCAGCUGCCGUCCAUCAGCAGCCAUCCCCUCCUGCAGGACCUGGCCGCGGCCCGGGCCUCACGCAUGGACCUGCGCACUCAGGACACCCACCUGAUCCUCAAGGAGACGGAGACGGCGCUGGCCGCCCUGGAGGCCAGACUGCUCUCCAAGUCCGUGGAGGAGCCGGAGGGUGAGCUGGGUGGCGCCCCUGGGCCGCCAGAGGACUCCCUGUCCGGGGACUCCGACGUGGACACGGCCAGCACCGUCAGUCUGCUCAGCGGUAAGAACGGGCCCAGCCCGCAGCCCACGGGGCUGCAGAAGGAGAAGCUGCCGUCCCCGCCGGCAGCGCAGGACCUGGGGGGUGUCGGCCUGAGCAGCGCCCGCGAGCGCCUCUCAGAGAAGCAGCGUCGCCCGCUGGGCCCAGCGGACGGGGGCCGCGGAGAGCCGGCAAGGCGCCUGGCCACACGGCGUGGCCACGGGCCCCAAGGGUCCCUGGACUGGCCCGAUGAGGAACGAGGCUCCAGCCUUGCCCACCUGCCCGGUGUGGACACAGUCACUUCUGACCACGAGACCUCCGGGGCCAUGGGGGCAGGGCAGCGGGGGCCUCGCCGGAAACCCACGGCCCCACCGCCGUCCCCUGUUGCCCGGGAAGAACAGGGCCGCGGCUCAGCCGGCGUCCAGAAGGUGCAGCAGGCGCUGACCCGCUCCAACAGCUUGUCCACCCCACGGCCCACGCGGGCCUCCCGGCUGAGGCGGGCCCGGCUGGGGGAUGCCUCAGACACAGAGGCCGCAGAUGGCGAACGGGGGCCCGCGGCCAACCCGGAGCUGGCGGGGCAGCCGGCUGCCGAGCAGGCCAAGAAGCUGUCACGCCUGGACAUCCUGGCGAUGCCCCGGAAGCGGGCCGGCUCCUUCACAGGGCCCAGCGACUCGGAGGUGGCCCCCACCCGCGCCGGCUUCUCCGGCCGCAGCGUCGAGUUGUACUGCGCCGGUCGCAAGCCCGCCAUGGCCGAGGCUCGGGCCACCGCCAGGAAGGCCACCAACACCACCACGGUCCCCCGCCAGCCCUUCAGCAGGGCCCGCCCGGGCAGCGCCCGAUACUCCUCACCCAACGUGCGUCGCCGGCAGCAGGGCUCGGAUUGCACGUCCACAUCCGAGGAGGAGUAUGGCUCCCACCACGGCUCUCCCAAACACGCACGCCCCCAUGCCUCAACAGCCACGCAGACCCCACGGGCUGGCAGCUCUGGCCGGGCCCGACCCCGGGCCCCUGGCCUCCGGGACACAGAUGACGAGGAAGAAGAGCCCGACCCUUAUGGUUUCAUCGUGCAGACAGCCGAGAUUGCUGAGAUUGCCAGGCUGAGCCAGACGCUGGUGAAGGACGUGGCCACCCUGGCCCGCGAGAUCCACGAUGUGGCCGGCGACGGCGACUCGCCGGGCUGCCCGGGGCCUGCCCACAGCCCCUCUCGCGCCAGUGCACCCGGCACCCCCGCCUCCACCAUCUCCGCCCGCGAGGAGCUGGUGCAGCGCAUCCCCGAGGCCAGCCUCAACUUUCAGAAGGUGCCGCCCGGCUCCCUGCGCUCUCAGGACCUGGACCAGAACGUGAACGACCGCUGUGAGGACCCCCUGGCCGGCAAGACGCGGCCUCGGAACCGUGAGGAGGUGAUCUUCGAUAACCUGAUGCUGAACCCCGUGUCCCAGCUGUCCCAGGCCAUCCGCGAGAACACGGAGCACCUCGCUGAGAAGAUGAAGAUCCUCUUUCAGAACACAGGGCGAGCCUGGGAGGACCUGGAGGCCAGGAUCAACGCGGAGAACGAGGUGCCCAUCCUGAAGACGUCCAACAAGGAAAUCAGCUCCAUCCUGAAGGAACUGAGGCGAGUGCAGAAGCAGCUGGAAGUCAUCAACGCCAUCGUGGACCCCAGCGGGAACCUCGACCUGCUGACCGGAAACCGGGGUUCUGUGGGCUCGGCCCAGCUCGGGAGAGGCCGGCCGGCCUCCCAGAGUCCGUCCUCCCCCACCUCGGCCCUGCCAGCGAGGAGCUUCCCGCAGCGGGCAAACUGCGGGACCCCCGGCCUCCCGGACCCCUCCUUCCUUCCCUCCUUCCUCCCCGACACAGAGCGGUUCCUGAUCUAGGUGGUGGGGCCGGGCGGCCUCCCCGCACCCUGGGCCUGGACGGUUCACCACAAAGACUCCCACACGUGCCAUAACCCCGUGGGUGCCCAGGCCCCCUCCUCAGCUCCCAGCGCCCCCCCCCCCGCCCCCGCCCCACUGGCCUCCUGGCCUAGCUCCCGCUGUGGCCGAUGCCACGGGCCAGUGUCCGGGCGUGUGCCCAGCCUCCUCUCCAUCGCUGUUACUUUGUCGUUAGCUUUCAAGGAAGGAGUAGUUUGUGCCAUUGCAGCAGGCUCCCCGGCCUGGAGGGUCCCGCUCUGCCUCGUGGUCUGGGGGAUGCGUGCGUACCCGCCCUGCCCCUCUGUGCUGGCCGGGACCAGGUGGGGGGAGCAGACUGGGCGAUGCGGUCUUUCAGUGCCAAACACAGAGCAGGGUGGUGGGGGGACGCCUCGUGACGCUCCGGGACUUGAAGCGGCAGAGUGCGGGCUGGGCAGGGCGAUGGCAGCUCCCAGCCGCCCCAGAGUCCGGUGGCCCGGGGCGGGGACGCAGCCCGUGGAAACAUUUGUGGCAGGAACCCCACCGCUUUGAGCCUUUGGUGCCAACACAACUGCCAGACUCACUGAGCACGUGGGCCGGGCGCUGUGCACACAGGCACAUGCACAAACCAGGCACGCCUGCGCUCACACGAGCCCAGGCUCAGCCCCCGACACGAGCCCGGCACCUGGCUUCCGAUGGUUCUGGGCCAGAUGGAGGGGAGCGAUUAACCAAAGCGGCCAAAAACCGGGCUUCAGAAGCUCCCUGGACAACGUGCCCUCCCCCGGCUCCCCUCCCCGCUGUCCUGCGGACUCUGUGGGCAUUAAUUGGGUGCCUCACAGGCCUCUGUGCUCCAGGUCCUGUUGGGGGGGGGCGGUAGGGACAGCCCCCCAGGAACAGUUUUAUUUCUCAGGAUUCUUUCAGCUGGGAACGUGCCAGGCGAGCAGAGCCCAGCCCCCUCCUGGGGGCUGAUGUUUCCGCAGCCUCGAAGCCAAAGAGCCCACACUGGCUGCGGCAGGUGGGGCUGGGGUGCCCCACACCCUGCCUGGCACCUGCGCUGAUGUUGAUUGCGGGACAGGGCCGACUGCGGGGGGCGGGGUCACCGAGGCUGGACCAGAGGCCAGCGGGCGCGGGUCUGGGGCCGCGGUGGGUGACGCGUGUGUCCGUGUUUACAUUUAGCUGACGUGGGGCCCCAUGCCCGGGCCCUGCGCCCCCUCGCCGAUGUGUACGUGUGUGAGUGGCAGUGGGGUCCGCGGCCGGCCCCGUCCGCGAGCCUGCUGUGUGCACACGGAGGAGGUGCGAGACCUGGUGCCCCGCCCCGCAUGCUCCGCACAGCUGCCCACGGCCUGUCCCCCGGGCACGAGCAGUGGCCGUCCGUCCACCACACUUCCAUCCGCACCCCCCACGGUGAUCGCCGUACAGUUUUUUUAUUCACAAAUUCAUGCUCCUCCCCUCUCCAGCCUUCGCCUUGGGAUUGGUAACUUAUUUGUCUGGCUUCUUGGAGGCACCUCUGUGCAUUUUGUCCUCAGGUGGUCUUAUGGAUGUCUUUCAGAAAAUGGUUAUUUUAUAUGAUUUGUCAUGGAAUUUGUUCUAAUAAAUCAUUCUUCUAUCAUGUGGCAA